AUGGAAUUCCCGGAUAUAGAUAGCUUCAUAGCCCAAGGACAGAAAUUUGGAAAGACUAAUAGUGACCUGGAAAAGUUUGAAGCGCAUGCAACUGCUCUUAGGUGGGAGGAGCCGCUAUGGCCUUUGCUUAUGUCAGCUCUUUUACAGGGUGAGGCUUUAACCCUGUAUCAUGCACUUUGUGCAAGUGGGGUAGUUGAUUAUGAAACACUCAAGAGGGAAUUACUUCAAAAGUAUCAGUGUACCGCUGAGGGAUUUCGGGAACGAUUUAGAUCCAUCCGACCCGAACCGCAGGAAUCAAUGGCGGCAUUUUUUUCUAGGUUGUCCGGUUUAGCAAACCGUUGGAUAACUUUAGCCGAGGCAGACAAAACGUAUGAUGGUCUUUUGGACCUCAUGUUACGAGAACAGAUUCUCCAGAGCGUAGCGAAGGAAUUAGCUAUCUUCCUGCAAGAACGUGAAUUUAAGUCCGCAGCCGAGAUGAUAGCAAGUGCAGAGAAGUACAGGCAGGCGCAUGCCAAUAAAAGUAUGGCGAGGAGAGCCGAGUCGUAUCGAGUUGCCAACACCGGGGUGAAUUGGCGUCCUCGGUCACCCAAAUCUAGGCUUCCUAAUAGGCCAAAUAGUCCUCGUAAAUCAAGUCCCAACAAAACCUUUCCCAAAGGAAGUAACGGGCCGAGAAGGCAAAGAGACGAGGUACUGCGAAGACCUAAGAGAGAGCUCAUUUGCUUCGCUUGUAACGAAAUUGGACAUUUUGCCCGUGAAUGCCCUUAUGUUAGACGGAGAGAAAACACAGAAGUAUCCACUCCGGUAGUAACCAGCGUUUCCAUCCUGUGUAGCACUCUUAAUAGUGAAGAGAUGGAUCGACUUCCUCUCUAUCCAGGUUAUAUUAGAGAUAAACCCAUAACGGUGUUAAGAGAUACGGGAGCCACAACAGCAGGCAUAAGAGCCUCCCUGGUUAGGCAGUCAGAAUACACUGGACAGUCCCAGUCCUGUAUUACGUUUGGGGUAAUACGGAAGUCUUUCCAGUCGCUGAGACGGGGUAGAGGAGUGUUGGUGACAAAACCAAAAGCAGCCUUAGUCACAACCAGAGGACAGAAGAAGCGGGAAUUGGAACUGCCAAUUCCGCUGCAUAUUCCAAAGCCAGCAAUGGACAUCACUAGAGAGGAGUUAGUUCGACUCCAGAGGGAGGAUCCGACAUUGAUCACAUGCCGAGCUGCAGCCUGUCAAAGGAGCGAAGAAGCCAACCUGGAGACGAACUUCCAUCUUCAGCAGGGAAUGUUGAUUCGAUCAUCCCGCACCACUACAGGGACUUUUCAACAAGUGGUGGUGCCACAAACACUCAGGGCAUCAGUGUUAUGUGCGGCUCACGAUGGUCUUUUAGCCGGACAUGCAGGCGUCCGUGCCACGCUGAAUCGGGUGCUCGCCAAUUGUUGGUGGCCGGGAGUAAAAAGCGACACCCGAAAGUAUUGCCAAACAUGUGACGCGUGCCAGAAAACCGUGGCACACGGAAGAAAUCGACCAGUGCCACUCGUACAUGUGCCAGUCAUCGAUGAGCCCUUCAAGAGAGUGGCUAUAGAUAUCAUGGGUCCUAUACAUCCAUCAUCUAAUGAGGGCCAUACCCAUGUAUUGAGUAUAAUAGACAUGGCGUCCAGAUAUCCAGAGGCAAUACCGUUAAAAAGAAUUGACAGUGUAUCUGUGGCUGAAGCACUCUUGGUUGUAUUUGCCAGAAUGGGUCUUCCCGAAGAAAUUCUAUCCGACCAGGGGACACAAUUCAUGUCUGAUGUCAUGAAGGAAUUUCUCAGACUGCUGUCCAUCAAGGGUUUACGUUCCACCCCUUACCAUCCACAAACGAAUGGGUGCGUGGAAAGAUUCCACGGGACAUUAAAACCAAUGCUGCGGAAGUUGGUACAUCGCCAGCCUCGAGAAUGGCAUCGCUAUCUUCCUGCUCUUUUAUUCGCUUGCAGAGAGAAAACUCACGAAAGUACAGGUUUCUCACCAUUCGAACUCGUUUUCGGACGACGACCAAAGGGAUCACUUGAUCUCCUUAUCUCAACUUGGACAGAGAAGGAAAUCAGUGAUGAGGAUGCAAAACCUGUUUACCAAUACAUAUAUGAGUUGAGAAAUCUACUACAGGAAAGCUAUCAACUGGCCCAAGAGAAUAGCCAUAGGACGGCGGCGAGAAAUAAACGUUACUUUGACAGAAAAACGCAACAACGAACUCUGCAGGUGGGGGACGAAGUGCUGAUAAUGUUACCUACGUCCACGAAUAAACUACUCAUGCAAUGGAAGGGACCUUUUCCAGUCAUCCGGGAAUGUCAUCCAGACUACGUGAUCCAUAUGCAGGGAAAAGACCGGGUUAUGCACAUUAAUAUGUUGCGCAAAUAUCACAGACGUGAACCGCCGAUUGAUGUGAAGAUUCCAGACACCACCAAAACGGCUAACUGUGGACAGACCAAUGACGAUAAACCCAUGGCUUUUUCGGAUCUUAUCUCGGAAGAGAUGUGCCCCCAAAGAUUUAUCAUGCCGUCAGGAGUAUCCGAGAAGGAAUCAAAUAGACACCUGGCAAAUGUGACCUUAUUGAUAGCCGAUACCGAUGAUGAUUCCGUGGAAAUACCAGUUCUUCCUGGGGAGAUGGAAGAGGACAUAAACAGCAUGAAAGUGGGGCCCGACUUGACAGAACUCCAGACCACACAAUUGAGGAAUAUUCUAAAGAAUUAUCAACACAUACUGACCGUGAUGCCAGGACAGUUUAACGGUGAAAUUGAGCACCAAAUUAGACUGACUUCUCCAGAGGUAGUGCGCUUAAGGCCCUAUCCACUUCCUUUUGCUCUACAGCAAACCAUGGAAAAGGAAGUGAUUAAAAUGUUACAAAUGGGAGUGAUUGAACCAUCAUCCUCACCUUAUGCAUCACCAGCGUUGUUGGUCAGAAAGAAGGACGGUUCAGUACGCUUUUGUAUCGACUACCGAGCCCUAAAUAAAAUAACAGAGUUCGACUCAGAACCCAUUCCGGAUCCCGAAACUGUAUAUAGUCAAUUGGGCCGAGCCCAAUUUUUCACUAAAAUAGAUUUGGCCAAAGGAUAUUGGCAAAUCAGAGUUAAAGAAGAAGAUAGGCCAAAAACAGCAUUUCAAACAACCAAAGGCUUAUUUCAAUGGACCCGAAUGCCAUUUGGAUUGGCUACAGCUCCUGCAACGUUUGCGAGAGCUAUGAGAGCGCUCAAUAUGGAAAGGUUUUCAGCACAUACCUUCUUUGAUGAUUUACUGGUUGCUAGCGAAACGUGGGAAGAGCAUCUGACUCAUGUAGAAGGUGUGUUAAGAACCUUAGCCCAUUAUCAACUCACUGUAAGACCUUCGAAAAUUCAGAUGGGAUUUCGGAGCUUGGAAUUCUUAGGACACAUAGUGGGGGAGGGGCAUCUGCGUCCCAGUCCUGAUAAAGUACAGAAAAUUCUAAGACUUCCUACUCCUAGCAGUAAGAAGCAAGUGAGAGCACUCUUAGGUCUGAUCAGCUACUACCGACGCUAUGUUCCUAACUUUGCUACGGUGGUUGCACCUAUUACAGAGUUGACAAAAGGAAACAGCCCAAAACAUAUUCAAUGGUCGAAUGAAUGUGUCCAAGCAUUAACUCACAUCCAAACCGUUCUGUCAUCCCAACCCAUACUAGCGCUACCAAAGUUUGACAAGCCGUUCAUAGUUCAAACUGACGCGAGUGGGGUGGGAUUAGGAGCAGUACUCUUGCAGGAAUACGGAGGAGAUCGUUUUCCAGUGGCCUACGUCAGCCGCAAACUGACAGGUCCUGAAACACGAUACAGCACCAUAGAACGAGAGUGCCUGAAACUUCUUGCUCAGUCUUCAGCUCGACCUCUCAACCUUCUGCUCUUGAUUGUCGCAUUUCGUGGUAUCGUUACCACGUUCCAGCUCCUCUUCCCUCAGUCUUGA